AUGCCCAGCAUCUUCGCCUACCAGAGCUCGGAGGUGGACUGGUGUGAGAGCAACUACCAGCACUGGGAGCUGGUGGCCAAGUUCUACAACACGUUCAGCAAUGUCACCUUCUUCAUCUUUGGGCCUCUCAUGAUGUUUCUGAUGCACCCAUAUGUCCAGAAACGUUCCCGCUACAUUUAUGUCACCUUCAUCCUCUUCACAGUCGUAGGUCUGUUCUCUAUGUACUUUCCCAUGACACUCAGCUUCCUGGGCCAGAUGCUGGAUGAGAUCGCUAUUCUGUGGCUGCUGGCCAGUGGCCACAGCAUAUGGAUGCCCCGCUGCUACUUCCCUGCCUUCCUAGGGGAGAACAGGCCCCAGUACAUCUGCCUGGUCAUCACCGCCACCGUGGUCAGUACCUUCCUGUCCUUCCUGACACCCAUGAUCAACGCGUACGCCCUCAACAGCAUUGCCCUGCACAUCGUGGCCCAGGAAUAUAAAAAGACCAGUAAUAAGGAGCUUCGGCGUCUAAUUGAGGUCACCAUGGUUUCAUGGGCUUUUGCGUUUAACAGCUGGAUCAGUGACUGCUGGCUUUGCAGUUUCUGGCAGUGGAUUAAUUUCUCCUACCUGUACAGCAUCUGGCAUGUACUCAUCAGCAUCACCUUCCCCUAUGGCAUUGUCAUCAUGGCCAUGGUGGAUGCCACGUAUGAGAUGCCAGACAAAACUCUCAAAGUCUGCUACUGGCCUCGGGACACUUGGCCCAUGGGGCUGCCCUACGUGGAGAUCAGUGAUGACAACAAGAGCUGCUGAGGUCCGCCAGCUUCUUGACCACCCAGCUACCUGCGUCCUGAGGACAGAAACCUGAAUGGGGAGACUGAGAGACACUCGCAGUUCCAUCCUCCAGCUCC